AUGAUAAUGAAGCUGUACCGAUCUGCAUCUCUCCACAGGCUUCUCGAUAUUGCUUUCCAAACUCCUCCAUCACCACCACCUCCGCCGCCACCAUCCGCGCAUCCUCCUCCGUCUCCGGUACUUCCAAGCCGCCCUCCUGAGCUCGCGGUGGAUGUGUUGUUCCUGGCCCAUCGCACUUGUAAGACUGAUCCUCUCUUGGGUGAUACCGCUUUUGAUAGCCACCAGUAUCGAUGA